CGAAAAUUUUUUUUAUAAACUAUCUUUCAGUUUUGCAGCUGAAGUAUUUUGCAAUUCUACUGGAUAAAAUAUUUGCUUAUUUUGAAAAAACAUGGCAGCAAAAGUAACUUCAGCGAAUAAUAAAGUAUUUCAAGCUGAUGACGUUCAUAUAUCUUUUGAAGAUCAGCAAAAAAUAAAUCGAUUUGCGAAGCAUAAUGCGCGUAUGGAUGAUUUGAAAGUUGAAUUAGAUAUGAAGAAAAAUGACUUGAAGAGUGUAGAGGAAGCUCUCGACGAAAUCGAGCUAUUUGAUGAAGAGGAAGACAUCCCAUUUUUGUUCGGUGAAGUAUUUCUCACUCAUAAACUCUCUAAAACUCAGGAAUUGUUGGCUGAAGUAAAGGAGCAAACUUUAAAAGAAAUAUCCGGCAUAGAAGCAAAAGCAAAUGAACUUAAAGCUGAGAUGAAUGAAUUGAAAGCACAUUUGUAUCAACGUUUUGGUAGUAAUAUAUCAUUAGAAAGUGAUGAUUAAAUGAUAUUUAUUAUAUAAUUUUACACAUAUUAAGUCAAUCGAAUUAAAUUAUUAAAUAACAAA